CGACAUGUUAAUUCACUUUGAUGAUCAUAAGCUGGCUGGAAGAACAUGGCUUCAAGCAGUUGGAAUCGAACGAAUCAUGAACGGGCGGCAUACAUGUUGCUAUAUUUAGGUCCACGUGUAAUCGAAAAAUAUUUAGAAAGAAAGUAUAAAACCACCUUAAAAGCUAUUAUAAGUGAAAAUGAGGCUAUGUUCAGUGAGAAGUUAUCAACAGAAGAAUGGAGACGUGUUCAACAAAACAUGCAACUACACGAACAUCCAUUAUUUCAUCACUACGACAUAAUCUCGAGGAGUGCGAUACUAGACCAGUCAGUUUUAGAUUACUUGAUUUCUCAGUGUGUGCUGCAAACGGACUUCCGGGAAGAUGUACAAAAGUGUUCGAACCAGAAAGAUAAAAACAAAAUGAUUCUAGAUAAACUUCUCAACUAUAGAGAUAGUAAAGAUGUAUUCCUAGACGCUCUAGACGCUGAUAGGCAUGAUAAUACAGAUCUUAUCAAGACCAUCAGACAGACAAAGAAAUCAGAUGAACGAGUAGAACUUCAGACCAUAAGUAACCUUGAUGUUAUCAUGGUUAAGUUACAAAAAAAUUAUCGUAUGUUGGUUGAGGAAAUGUCAUCUACAGCAAGUAUUACAGAUCAUUUAGUGCAAACUGGAGUCUUCAGUCUUGAGGAUCAUCAAGAAAUCAAUGCAUUGUCAACACAAGCAGAAAACAAUAGAAGAUUGAUAUCCAAAAUUAAAACCUUAAAGGGAUACAACGAAUUCCUUGUCGCUCUUAAAGAGGACAAUGUCAAUAGACGUUUAGCGUACAACAUGGAAGAAACAGAGGUGUCAAGCAAUGAUCUGCUACAAGAACAUACAGGUUUGAUCACGACUUCAUUUAGUGAAAACAUCGGUUUAUUUGCAAUAAUUUCUCUGUGUACAGUAUAUGAGCAAAUACAAAUUCCAAUGUGUCAGCCAUUAGUAUCCAACUGCAGUUUACAAGCAGAUUUAUACCGAAUACAAUCAUAUGCAGAUGUAAUUAUAAAGGAGGAUACAAUAAAUAAUCAGAAAUUUGAUGAAAUGACGAAUGAAAUAAAAACUAUAUUUAACAGAGUUGCUGGUCCAGUACUUGAUUUUACGUUUGAUGUGUGUCUUUCCAAGGGCUUUGAUCCGACCCUGAGCGACCACAUAUUUCGAAACUGUAAUGCUCUGAAAUAUGAAGUACUUGUUAGAGAUCUUCGAAGGGAAUUAGAAAAUGCACGAUAUGGAAUAACUACUAAAGAACAAGAUAACCGCGUUGCACUCAUAAAUAAGUGGAUCACAGAUGAUCGUUUAUUUUCUGGAACAAAUUCGACUGAGAAUGCCAAGAACACAAUAGAUAGAUAUAGGCAUGUGACGAUUAUAGGGAGUCCUGGCUCUGGCAAAAGUGCUACAAGUCGUCAUAUUGCUCUAGAAUUCAUGAACAAUGGCUACCAAGUUGUUCCAGUAUACAAGGCCAAGGAGAUUUUGAAAUAUGGUGACAUCAAUAUGAAGCAAUUUUUUAUUUUUGAUGACGUUUUAGGGGUCUUUGGUGUAAACACCACACUGCAAAAUGAUUUCGAGAGGAUACGCGAACCCAUUCUUACAGUAUUAAGUAAACAAUCAAAGCUAAUUAUGACAUGUCGGAAAGCAGUUUUUAAUGAAGCAAAAUCUGCAGAUAAUAUAAUUACCGAAAAUGUGGUCGAUUUAGAAACCGCCGAUAAUAAAUUGACCGGAGACGAAAAGUCGGCCAUUCUCUCAAAGUACUGUAUGAAUGAAAAUAUCGAUGCUGGUGUUUAUAGUUCGAUGUCGUUUGAAUCUACAGGCAUUAUGUUUCCUUUGCUUUGUAUGUUAUUUUCAAAAGAAAAAAAGUAUCAAAAGCUUGGUGGACUAUUUUUCACAAGACCACAUCAAUAUCUGCUAAAAGAAUUUGACAGAAUGGAACGUGAAAAUGUAUAUCAUUAUGCAGCAUUGGUCAUGUGUAUGAUUAAUAAAGGGAAACUCUCAAGAGAGGAUUUUCCAGAACCUGAUAUAAAGAAAGAUAUUUAUGAUCAUUGUUUAAACGAGUUUUCAGAUUUCAAACUUCUUAAAGCAUUAGAUCAAAUUACAGGUACAUAUGUAUUAAAAUUAAAAGGGCGUUUUAUAUUUAUACAUGACAGUAUAUUUGAAGUGACAGCGUACCAUUAUGGCAAAAAAUAUCCUGACCAGAUUCUGAAAUACCUAGAUAGCAGCUAUAUAGCUAACAAUGUUAAACUUACAAAAUCUGAUAAUUCUGAAGAUUGGCUUUACAUAUAUAUAGAAGAAGAAGAUUACCCGUUGCUGGUAGAUAGGAUUUAUACAGAUUUGAAAGAUAUGCAACUGUACGACGUUUUCAUGAAUCAGUCGUUAAAAGAUGAAACGUUCCUGAACGUAUUUAAGGAGUACCUACUGGGAAACCCCGACAGUGAGGUAAUCAGUCUUUUCUUUUUCGAACAAGAAAUUGGUUUAUGCAAAAAUAUUGUAAGUCAGGGCGAUAAGAUCGUCCAAGAAUUGAUAAAUAAAGACCAAUAUUCAGACGCUUUCGCAACAAGAAGCCAGGAUACGAUGGUAGACAAAAGAGUUGAAAGUGAUGAUACCUUUGUUUAUACUAUCAAAGUUAUCAGUUGGGUUAUAUUGUAUGGGCACACGAAGCUUCUUCAGUUUUUAAUAGAACAGUAUAAAGAAUCGUCGGAAAUUAUAUUUGGAAACGAUGUCACUGAACAAACUAGAUUACUAAUAUUAGGUUGCUCAAGUGGUAACCACGUAAUGAUUCAACUUCUUCUUAAGUAUGUGAAGCAUGAAUGCUUAAAUGGAACAUUACUCCGAGAUAAGAUAGACUUCAAAAACAAAAACAAAAAUAUGCAUAGAUGUAAAACGCCACUGACGUCUGCUUGUUUACGUGGUGACUUGUCAAGCAUAUCAGAACUCAUUAAAUCAGGGGCCGACGUAAAUAAAACAGACGAUGGACUUUUAGUACCGCUUCUUGCUGCUGCGUAUUCAUGUAACUGGAAAGUGAUUGAUUUAUUGUUAGAGAAUAAUGCGGAUAUAAAUUUUGGAAACCAUGGCAAAUCAUCACCAGUUUUCACAGCUACAACCUGGGAACACAUAGAAGCUGUGAAAUAUCUUUUAGCUAAGGGAGCGUGUGUAAACAAAGGCAAAGGUGAUAAUACGACACCUUUAUUAAGAGCGUCUGAAAAUGGCAAAAUAGAAUUCGUACAAUGCUUAUUUAAAAAGGGAGCUGAUGUAAAUAAAUGUAAUGAUACGAACAUGUCUCCUUUACAUGCAGCCUCUCAACAUGGACACAAACAGGUCGUUUCAUUUCUUAUCGAGCACAAAGCAGAUAUAAAUAUAUGUGAUAAUUAUAACAAAUCGCCCCUCUAUUUUGCAGCCAGAUCAAAUCAGUGUGAAAUAGUAAAACAAUUGUUAAAUGCUGGUGCUGAUGUAGAUAUGUGUGACAAAUUUAAAAGAUCUCCGUUGCAUAUUGCAUCUAAAAAAGGAAACUUCGAUGUUGUCAAUAUUCUCUUAAAACAUGGCGCUUGUGUUAAUUCGUUUGAUUCCGUCAAACGAACACCCAUUUUCGAAGCAAUUAAAAACGGAAAUCAAAAGGUAAUUGAUUUACUUUUAGAGUACCAUGCGGACAAAUCUAUUAAACCUAUCUGGACCUUCCAGUGCUGCAAGAAGAUCAAAGAAAUUAAGCUACGUUUCAACGAAAAUAUCAAUGCAUUGAAGAGGUAUACAAUUAAACACAGGAUAGUUUUUCUUUCUCUUUGCGUUAUUUGCAUUUCUACUUUUUACAUCCUUUUGUAUUUUGAUUAAACGAUAGAAUAUUGACAUCUAUUUGAAGAAUUGUGUAUAAUAUGAACAAAAGUAGAUGUAAAUAUGUUAGUGAGACUUAAAAUCAAAAACAGUAACAACCAAAGAGAUGCGCUGUAUAAUGUAUUGUUAUGGUUAAACUGCACACCAUAUCUUACUUUAGAAACAAAAUGUCUUUUUACUUGACCAGCAGCUUGGACUUGUUGAAGAAAAUUAUGAACAAUAAAUUAAUUGAAAUAAAGAAAUCGUAUUACUAAAUGAUCUAGAGAACCAUUAUGCAUAAUAAAGAUGCAUAAACUAUUUGAUUGAAGCUGAAGAAGCACAACCAAUUCUCUCAUAUAAAAACAACAACAAAAAAACCAAAAAUUUAAUUUGAGUGCUCCGGAAGGCUUAACCACGCGAGCUAAACCAUCAAAUCUCAAUCUAAUGGUUAAGCGAGAUAAACUUUACUGGGACUUUUUGAUGUUGAAAAGGAGAUAUAAUACGUAAAUGUGAUUUGUUUUCUGAAUACCUUUUACCUAUGU